CUGAGAGGUUUCACUUUGUUUUCUUGUGUCUGUAUAUCAAUAUGUGUUUUAUAUUUGAUCUUUUCUAUUUUAUAAUUGCAUUGUAUUUUAUGACUGUGUAUAGCACGUUGGUCCUGUUGGUGUAUAAAGGGCUUCAAAAAGAAAGUUGCUAUGGUAUGAUACACCAAAGCCACAGAUGCUAUCAGACAAACUGAAGCAGCAGGUCAGAGACUUGCGUCUGCUGCACGGCUCCUGCAGCAGAGCCAGCAGACUCUGCCCUCCCAUCAGGGCUGCAGGCCAAAGGCUGAACCUUAUCGUGUUGGAGGCCUUGAUAAGAAUCAUAAAUCUUCAAAACUCCAGUUUGUGUUUUUUUUUUCAUCAAAUGCCUUACAGUUCUGGACCUGUUCAGGGUAAAACCGGCUCCUCCGGUUUUACGAAACCCAAACAUCCGAGGACUCGGAUGUCACUAGCGCCGGCAUCAACAGAAACAAUUUUCAAUGUUAUUCUCAGCAUGACAAACUGCUUACAAACUCAAGUUAUUGUAAAAUGACAAAAAAAGGGAACAGGAACUUCCUCAAAUUUCAACAUUGUUCUUUGACUUUUACAAAUUCUUACAAAACCGACUGCAGAAAUGAUGAAGAGGUCCAAAAAACAUGACUGUACUGUACAAACUGAAUGAUUUUACAGAACUUGUGGUGAAGACACUUCCCAAGACAAAACAGGAACGUUUGUAUUAAAAUACACAUUUGCAUUAAUUUAAAAAAGAAUAUUUCUGGGGAUUUACUGUAAAUGAGUCUGACGAAUCAGCAGCAAAACCAUCAUGUCUUGCUCUACCACCCACAAACGGCAGAGCAACACGCCUGGCACAAAGGAGCGCCGCCUCAUGUAAUGGGAGGUGUUACUAGGGGCUCCUGAGUAUUUAAGAGGAGGUGGAGCAAACAAAGGUGCGGCUGCAGACCUUUGUUUCAGAGACCUGUUACCUGAAGAGCAGAGCUACAGGGAAAGCAUUUUUGACAUUUCUCCUUUUUCUCUUGGCUUAUCAAACCUCUGGUGCCUCAUAAUGAGCAGGUGAGCCUCACACAUGGGUGAAACAGAAUGCAGAAGCAGAGGCAUAAAUUUUUUAACGGAGCAACACUUCCUUCUGCAAAUGGACUCAAACUGACACCCAAAUUAAAAGUCUGGGCAGCGCAUCGGAGAGCUGCUCGGCUACGGCUGGACAAAGCCAGAAAAUGGAGAAUGGCGUCAGACCAGUAGAAAACAGGAGAUGUUUUGGCUUCUCACGGCGCCACAGCCUUUUCUUACUUCUGGUUCUCGCAGUUGUGCUUUUUGUCUACUGCACCAACAUCCAGGACAAGGGGCACGAGUGGAACCCCAAAGAGUGGAUGAACAGUCAUUCAAUGAAACUACUCACUGUGUUCAGAAAACAAAGCACCGUCUCCAAAAACACAGGAUUUACAGAUGCAAACACCGCUGCUGAACUUCCUGGAACUACGAGCGUCGCCACAACGCAGGAGCCACAGACUCAACGGCAGAGGACAGUUUCAUCACGGGUCACCAAGAAGGCGCUAGAAACCCAGACUGCCCAACGGACAGCGGCUCCUUAUGUGUCUCCUGGACCGUACUUGGUGGAGUACCCCUAUGAGUACCACUUUACUAUCAAUGAGGAACUGAAAUGUAAGCAGGAGAAGCCGUUUGUGGUUCUGAUCGUACAAGUGGCGCCACGCAACCGAGCUCAUCGCGACAUCAUCCGUAACAGCUGGGGAAGCGAGAAGCUGGCUAACAACCAAGUGGUGGCGCUGUUCUUCCUGCUGGGGAUGCAGACUGGAGACGAUGCAGAGCAGGUCCACCGGCAGCUGCUGCAGGAGAGCAAAGAGCAUCAGGACCUGAUCCAGGGAGACUUUGUGGACUGCUACAAGAACCUGACCAUAAAGACCAUGGUGAUGCUGGAGUGGCUGGACUCCUACUGCUCCAGCGCCGCUUACGCCACGAAAAUCGAUUCAGACAUGUUUCUAAAUGUUCCCAAUCUGGUCAACUUGCUCCUCAAAGCUCCAAGGACAAACUACAUGACCGGCCUGGUGGAACAUGGAGGACGAGUCUUGAGGGAUCCCAACUCCAAAUGGUACUUACCUCGUGAAAUUUUCAGCGAAGAUGUUUACCCUCCCUAUGCUUUGGGUCUGGGCUACAUUUUGUCUCUGGAUCUCACCAAAAAGCUCAUUGAGGCUUCCAGACACGUUAAACCUCUUUACAUUGAAGAUGUAUAUUUGGGCUUAUGUAUGAGACACCUGGGUGUCCGUCCAACAGAUCCUCCGAGUUACUCCUUCCACGUUUUUCCUAUAAAAUACAGUCGCUGUGAAUACUCCAAGAUUAUCGCAACCACAACUCUGGAAAAUAUGGACCGUGUUUGGAUUUGGAGAGACUUUAAGAAACCGGGUUGGUACUGUUGAGCGGUAAAAAAGGUAGCAAAUUAAAACAAAGGAACACUUUGUGUUUACAUGUUAUAUUAGAAAACGUAUUUGUGUCAAAAAUGUAAUUCAGGAUGAGGUUUUCCUGCCUAAAAUCAACCGUUUUUACGAACAGUUUAAUCAAGUAAAUAUUUGAUGAAAUGUUUACUUUAGUAUUUAGUUUGAUUAUAAGAUCUGAUAUAAUUUGUUAAAAUAAAAGAUGUAAUUAGACAAAAAACCAGGCACACAUUCUGAUAUAUACAAGUAUUAGAAAAUACUGGAUUGAUGCAGAAAAUUGACAUUUUUCAACAUCUUAUUUUUCUUAAUAUUUGUUAUAAACAUAAAGUUUUUGUAUCUAAUAAUGACAGGAGGUAAUAUUUAUGUUUAAGUGUUGCAAAGUGACGAUAUGUACUGUUAACUGCAAAGGCAAGUCAGGAUCAGCAGAUAGAAAAUGACAGAACAACAAAGCGGGGGUUUUCCAGAGAAAUACCGAAUCACCUGGGUUGGUUCUGGUUCUGCCAGACUCUUCUUUUAACCUGUCUGAGUAUCAUCACUGAAAAAUCGACACAAACCUUUUUAAUUUCAAUUCAGUUUUGUUUGGUUUUUUUUUGCUUUGUCUACAGAUUAAUUUACAGGAUCAUGGUUGUAAUUUUUGUUUGCCAGGUGUCAGGAUCUGUGUUUUCUGUGUUCAUUUAGAGUUUUUUGUGUCCUUGCGUCUCUUCGUUGUCCUGUCCUCCCCUUGAUUGUUCCCAGGUGUGUCUCGUCUCUGUGAUUACCCUCCCGUGUAUUUAAUUCCACCUGUGUUCUUUGUUCCUCGUCGGGUCCUCGUCUAAUGUGCGUUCGUGUUGUUCCGUGUCCAUUCCUUUGUACGGUUGCUACCGGUGUCGAGCCCUGGUUUCCGCUCGGCCGUGCUGCCCGUUAUUUUGGACUGUGUUAUUCUGGACAUUCAUCAUUAAAUCCAUUAAUUUAUCCUACCUGGGUCUACAGCGUCUGCCUCACCAACCCUCACCACACCUCAUGACACCAGGCAGUGAUAAACAUCCUGGGGAAACUUUAAUAAAAACAGCCACAUUUUUUAAAACACCUGGCAGACUGGAAGGAAUUAAUUUUAGAACAUUUUUAAUUAUAAAAGACAGGCUUGUGAUAUAAUUUGCCAAAAUUAUAUCUUUAUAUAUAAGGUUUUGGAAUAUAUUUUGAAAUAUUGUGGGUAUUUCUUGUGAAAGUCAGCUGUUUUUCAGCUCAGGUUUGAUUCCAGCUGCACGUUUAUUAAUGUGAAUUAAGCACAAAAAAAAAAUUUGCACCUACUGCAAUGGUGACUAGGAAAUAUUUUAUAUAUUGAGGUGUUUUUAUAGUUUAAUGUUUUCAUCCAUUUGUUUUAUUUUGUUUCUGUUGGUAAAACUAAAACAUGAUAUAAGAAAUGAGUUGAAUUUCUUGCAGGUUUUUGUUUUAAAAGAAGCUCAGGUAACCUUUAGGUUUAUAUCAAAAUGUGAUGGAAAAUAGUUUAUCUUAAUUUUCUUCUGCUUUUUUCCUCCCUAAUAAGCAUUGCAUUUGGUUUUGUUUGGGAUCUUUUAGUCUUUACAUUUAAUUUACAACAGUGGAAGUCAAAGAACAGUGAAAAACUUGUUCGAAUAAAGAUUAUCUUUAUUCACAAGAACCUCAGUCUCUGCGUUUUCCUGAGUCUCUGAAAAUGAGUUUUGGUUUGAAUAAAAAAAUCCAGAAGCA